UUCGUUCACUUAAGACGAUGUAAUAUGAAAACCACGUGGAUUAGGGAAAUAAAAGGCAACUCUCCCUUCUCUCCCGUGCAUUUCCUGGCUUUCCUCUCACUCUCAGUAACCAACAGGUGUGCAGGACUGGUGGGCGUGAGGGAGGCGCAGGGACACAGGCUGGUGAACGCGGCGCUGCAAGAGGAGCUGAAGCAGAUCCACGCCUUCUCCAUGAAAACACUCACUCCUGAGCAGUGGGAGCAGCAGCAGCAGCAACAACAGUAACGGUGCAACAGCGGGAGGGACACUAGGCAGCGGCAGAGUAACACCUGUAACAAUUAACUCAGCAUCACCACUAACACGUACCAGUAACAAUCACAGCAUCACCCAGUAGCAGCAGCAACAGCAGCAGCAGGUGCAGCAGGUGCGGGCAGCAGGCGGCAAUGGAGGCGGUGAGUGUGAGCGCCCCGGGCAAGGUGAUCCUGCACGGUGAGCACUCCGUGGUGUACGGGCGGCGCGCCGUGGCCCUCAGCCUGGACCUGCGUACCACGCUCACCCUCACGCCGGGUGGUGCGCGCCUCGAGCUGGACCUGCCUGAGGUGGAGAUUCAGCAGGCGUGGCCACUGCAGGAUGUGGAGGCGCUGUGGGAGAGGCUGGGACGACCCGGCGAGAAGUGCGCUGCGCCCCUCACUGAGGCACAGGUAGCACAGGUGCGGGACUUUCUAGGGCUGCCUGAGGACCCCCCAGGGGGGCCCCGUGGUUUGGCUCUGCUGUCCUUCUUCCAGCUGUAUCUGGCCAUCCUACCUCGCCCUGUGCCCGCCACCCUCAGGGUUACCAGCCAGCUGCCCACCGGGGCUGGCCUCGGCAGCUCCGCCGCCUACGCCGUGUGUCUCUCCGCCGCCCUGCUGCGUUUGGCCGAGAGGGGCUCCGCCCCAGACUCGGUCCCCAGCGCGGAGGUGAGCGGCGGCCUUAGCCUGAAGGAGGUGAGCGGUUGGGCCUUCAGGAGCGAGCAGAUUGUGCACGGCACGCCCUCGGGCAUCGACAAUUCCAUCUGCACUUAUGGCGGCGCGGUGAGCUUCAAGGCAGGCUGCUGCUCGCCGCUGGGGGCGCCGCCACUUCGGGUGUUGCUGGUCAACACCAGGGUACCGCGCAGCACCAAAGCGCUGGUGGCAGCCGUGGGAGCGCGGCGCAGCAGGCUGCCUGAGGUGGUGGAGCCCGUGCUGGACGCCAUGGACGCUCUGGCGGAGCGGGCGCUGCAGACCCUGUCAGAGCUGUCCAGCGCCGCCAGCCCCCAGCAGCAGGACGAGGCCUACGCAGCCCUGCACGAGCUGGUGGACAUCAACCAGGCCCUCCUUGCCUCCCUAGGCGUCUCCCACGCCAGCCUGGAGCGCCUGGUAGGCGUGGCCGCCGCUCACGGCCUGCACGCCAAGCUGACCGGGGCGGGAGGCGGCGGCCUGGGCAUGGUGGUGCUGGGGCGCGACACUGCCCCCGAGGCUGUGGACAAGUGCCGGGGCGAACUGGAGGCCCAGGGGUACCAGGUGUGGCAGACCACCCUGGGGGCGCCGGGCCUCACCUUCCACUAGUCGCCUCGACACUUGAACCAUCUCACUGCCCCACACACGUCACCUUGCCACCCCGCCACCCUCUGCCAUCUGCUGCGUCUCUCUGAUCAAUCACAAGAAUGGUGUUUGCCUCUACUGGAUUCAGUGACUGUAAUUAAGCUUAGCUGCAACCCGUGUUUUGACACACACACACACACACACACACACACACACACACACACACACACACACACACACACACUUCACUGUUGUUUAUCAUCCUUCAACACAUCCUUAAAGUCAAACAAACAAACGCGGCGGUCAGCAUCGCCAUUCCAUUUGUCUGUGUGAUAGUUUUCCUUUCAUUUCAUCUUCCGUCAGUUCACGCCGUGCAGUAGUGAAAUAUUAAAUGCGAUGGAUAAUUCUGAGCGUGUGUCACCUGUGUGUUGCCUUAAUUACUUUGCUGCCCUUAACUUAUGUCAACUUGAUAAUAAAGCACUAAACCAUAA